AACCACAAUGGCAACGCCAAACUACACGGCGCAGAUAAUACUUCUACAACAGGAGAUUGACGAAAUGAAGGAGGAUUUUUCGGAAAACGACAACGCAUUCUUCCUGUGUUCCAUGUCACUUAUCAUUUUCCUCAUGCAGUGUGGUUUCGCAUUUCUGGAAGCAGGUGCGGUGCGCAGUAAAAACACAACGAACAUUCUGAUCAAAAACCUGCUCGAUUCGUGCAUUGCAAUUGUUGGAUAUUGGGCGUUGGGAUGGGCUCUUGCGUUUGGAGAUUGUCCGAAUAACACCAUCGGAUUGUUUGUAGGCUAUUCGGAGUUUUUCCUCGCAAAUUUCAGUAAUUAUCCAAAAUUUUUCUUCCAAUACGUAUUCGCUGCCACGUCAGCAACGAUCGUGUCUGGAGCGGUUGCAGAACGGUGUGAAUUCGCGAAUUACAUCACUUAUUGUUCAGUUAUAUCGACUCUCGUCUACCCAAUUCUCACGCACUGGGGGUGGCAUCCCAAGGGAUGGAUGGCUCUUGGCAUCACAAGCGGUGUUAUUAACACUCAUUAUGAUGAUUUCGCGGGAUCUGGAGUCGUCCAUCUUUGUGGAGGAUCAAUCUCCUUCCUCGCUGCAUACAUGAUUGGCCCAAGAAUCGGAAGAUUCCCAGAAGAUGAUGAUGAUGAGUGCGAUGAAAUUCUUGGUCACUCUGUUCCUUUCGCAGCACUGGGUGGAUUCAUUCUCAUGUUCGGAUUUCUCGCCUUCAACGGAGGAUCCAUGGCAGAUAUUGUAAAACCUGGAGAGGGACAUAUUGUAGCGUUGGCAAUGGUAAAUACAAUUCUUAGUGGAGCAUUUGCUGCGUUGACAUAUCUUAUUGCUCAUUAUUUGUAUCAUGGAAAAUGGACACUCUUGCUGACGAUUAACGCAUGUCUCGCUGGAAUGGUUGCUUCGUGUGCUGGGUGUAAUAAGAUGGAGCCAUGGGCAUGCAUUUGGGUUGGAGUUGGAGCAGGUCUCAUUUAUUUGGGAUUGAGCAAGCUGAUGGUCAGGCUGAAGAUCGACGACCCACUGGAUGCCUUUGCCGUACAUGCUGGUGGAGGCUUCUGGGGACUAACCUCAGUUGCUUUUAUUGGACAUGACGGUGUAGUUUAUUCGAUUGGUAACACUAUUGGUGGAGCUACAAAUGGAGGUGAUCAAAUUGCUCAGGCAUUUGCUCAACUUGGAUGGCAAUGGGUGUGCGCACUCGCAAUCGUCACAUGGUCAAUUCUCUGGAUGUGGCCUAUUUUUGCACUGUUGAGGAAAAUAGGAAAACUUAGAGUGUCCGCUGAGGUGGAGAUUAAUGGAUUGGAUAUCUACAAACAUGGAGAGUCGGCCUACCCGCUACACGCCUACGGACACGGGUGGCACGAUUUCGAAGCUGCUCCAGACAGCAAAAUCAAUCAUAGUAAACAUCUUCCAGUUGGAAGAAAGAACAGAAUAAUGAGUGUUCAUCCAGAAAUGUCCUUGGAACAACUUGCGUCAGUAUACGACAGGACUGGAAGUGUUGGAGAGUCUGAUCAACCAAAGAGGCUAUUUAUGAAUCAAACUGAGAGGAGAAAAUCCAGAAUGAUUGAAGCAAAUGCACUUCAUGCAUUGUACUUAGAUGAUAAUGAGGUUCCUGAAAGGAAAAACACAAAUCCAAAGACUGUCAGCUUACAAGUCCCCACAACAAUUAUUGAGGCUGCAGAGGAUGAGGCUGAUAAAAUGACAGAAAACGAUCGGAUGUAAAUUGCAUAAUUUAGAACUAACCGAUGCUUUUAGGUUUUCGAUGAACACUUUUCCUAUUUGUAUUUAAUAAUUGUAUCAUCAUUCAAUUUCAUGUAUAUUAUGCCUCUUUUGGAAUCGAAAUAGAAAAAAAUUGCGAUCAAAAUCUGUCGAAAAGUAUCAUUUUAAAAUAUUGAACAAUGAUAUCUUAAAACAAAUCUGAAGGUCAUUUUUUCACAUCUUGGUUGUUGGAUGUGUCAAUCACACAGACACAACUAGAGAGUAACUUUUUGUAGUCUCACUUUUUUGUUGAGAAAACUAUUUGAUAGAUUGAUGAUAAUCGUCUUGUUUGGAUUUUAGUUGGGGAACUUUUCAAGUGAAAUGAAGGAAAAU